AUAGAAUCAAAUUUCCAUCUAAGUUACUUUCUUUUUAAAUACAUUGUAUUAUAAACUUAUUUAAAUAACAACUUUUUUUCGUCCGAAAGUAUGGCUUCGUUUGCACCAUUGAUUACAUCUUUACUUAAGAAGUACAAACACCCAGAUGUUACUAAGACAGAUGUUUUGACUGCGCUAACAGCAUUUGGGGACUUGAGACCAAAAUUUGAGGACUUUGUGUUUAACGAUGGCAGUACUAGGCAGCUUGUGCAACUGGAUGGAACCAUACCUGUCACCUACAAAGGCAAUGUGUACAACAUCCCAAUCUGUAUCUAUCUAAUGGACCAACACCCCUACACACCGCCGAUUGUGUGCGUAAAACCCACAUCUACAAUGGAGAUCAAGUCCGGAAGACAUGUUGACCAAAAUGGGAAAAUUGACUUGCCAUAUCUGCGUGAAUGGAAAUACCCCAUGUCAGACCUACUGGCGAUGCUCCAGAUACUCGUUAUCGUAUUUGGGGAGGAGACACCAGUGGUAACCCGCACGCAAUGGACCAAUCAGUCACUACCUAGAUACCCCGUCCAGGGAACGCCCUACCCCCCACUUGGAGGUUAUAAUACUACAAGGUUGAGCGGUCCGGUGACGGGUUAUCCCUCAAUAGUGGCAAACCCCAACCAAACAGCAAUAAACAGUACCCCAUAUCCAGGUAUGAUGCAAGCUGCAUCGUCGUCUUAUGCCAUGGCAAGCUACUCGGAUCAAACUACAGGAAGUGACUCUUCAACCAUUGAAGACGAACUUCAUGAACUUCAAAAGCUGCAAGUGUUACUGAGGUGUAAAAUGUGCAAGGUUCGGCGUGUGGCGCUGACCUUCCUGCCCUGUGGGCACUGCAUCGCCUGUGAAGAGUGCGGCUCAAAGAUACCUGGCUGCCCAAUGUGUCCUAAUAAUGGGGCUAAAGUUCAAGGAAUUGUGAAAACAAUAUUUACAUCAUAAGCCGUGGAUAAUACAGUGUGUUUAAGUUAACGUUUAUUACAGACGCAAGUUCAUUGUUGUAGACAUUUAUAGAAUGUCAUACACUAGACUGCGAAGGAAGAUGAUUUUUGUAUUUUUUAAUCUAUCGAUGCCAUUUUUGUUAUGUUAAACAAUUCUUUUAAGUGUAUAAAUAUCGCAACAGAAUAUUGCAAAAGUAGUUUCCCAUUGUUUUGUAUCGUGAUAAGAGUAAUUUUAUUUCAUUUAUUUUUUUACAAUUUAGAGAAACAAGUUGAAACAAAUGGGCGAAAAUCUAUCAGGUGUAAUUAUCAGAAACAUAUACGUUUAUUUGCACGUCUAUCAUUACUAAAUAGCUUGUGUUAAAUCUGGAAUUAAUUGACUAGUUAAAAAACAUGUAAAUAAAGUCGGUAGUUUAAUCCGUUUUACAAAGUAAUUUUCAACAUAAACAGAGGUAAAUGCAUUUUGUUGUUAACACAUGUCAUUAAGUAACAGACGCAAAACUCAUUUAUAUCAAUUAUUUCCGAUACAAUUGAUAAUGUGUAUUGUGGAUUUAAUCAAUUUUUAAACCAUGUAUUGAAUAUUCUUGCAGUGUGUUUAUGUUGCCUUGUGGUCUUAUAGUAUGUCAAGAAUGAAACACAUUUGUGAUAUUUUAUAAUAUUGUGAAUGAUGGUACACAGCUUUUAAGUAUUUUUCAUUAGUUUUUAAACUCAUAUUGCCUAUAAACAGAAAUGUUUGCUUUUUGUGUCUGAGUCUAUUAUGA